AUGUCUACCGCUCUCGCAAAAGAGAUUGAUCUUACAGCUCGCCAUGCUGGUACCUCGGUAGCCAGCUCGGGCAAUUCAGCUGAGAACCUUGGAGACGAAAAGACCAAGUCCGAGGCCCGCGUCAAGGAAACUGCUGUCUACGAUCUCGCAGCUCCACUUGGCGAACCAGCCGAUGAAAAACGAUUUUGGUUCCAACGCAGUAAGAAGAAUUACGACCCUGAUGCUAUUGCUACCCAACCUUCUGUGUUCGACGACCCGGAGACUGCGAAAGAGUAUCAGCCACCUGCCAACUGGGAAAACAUCCACAGGUUUGACCCUUCUGCAAGAUGGACGUGGGGAGAGGAGAACAAGUUGGUUCGAAAGAUCGACUUCAGAAUCAUGAUUUGGGCCUGUAUUAUGUUCAUGGCGCUUGAGCUUGACCGCUCGAACCUUGCCCAAGCUGUGACGGAUAAUAUGUUGAAGGAGCUCCACCUCUCCACCAAUGACUACAAUCUUGGCAACACUGUCUUUAAGCUUGCUUUUCUGUGCGCCGAAUUGCCUUCUCAACUUGUCUCGAAAUGGAUUGGCCCCGAUCGAUGGAUUCCCGCUCAAAUGGUAAUCUGGUCCUUCAUCGCUGGAGGUCAAUUUUGGUUGAGCGGACGUACAAGCUUCUUAGCCUGUAGAGCAUUACUUGGAAUAAUUCAAGGUGGCUUUAUCCCAGAUAUCAUCUUGUAUCUUUCUUACUUCUAUAAGCACCAUGAGCUUUCCAUUCGUUUGGGUUUCUUCUGGACUGCUAUGUCCAUAUCCGAUGUCUUGGCCGCUUUCUUUGCUUUCGGUCUUCUUCAUCUUCGAGGUGUCGAUGGAAAGUCUGGAUGGAGAUGGUUGUUUCUUAUUGAGGCACUACUCACAUUAGUUGUUGGAGUGGCAGCCUUCGUUUUGAUGCCACCCAGUCCCACUCAAACUGCUAGUACGCUUCGAGGAAAGAAGGGUUGGUUCACUGAACGUGAAGAGACUAUCAUUAUCAAUCGCGUUAUCCGGGAAGACCCUCAAAAGAGCGGAAUGCAUAAUCGCCAACCUAUCACCCCUAAGCUGUUGUGGAAGAGUAUGUGCGACUUCGAUCUAUGGCCUCUCUAUAUCAUCGGUCUUUUGUUCCAAAUCCCCGAAACAACUCCAUCCCAAUACCUUACUUUGACCCUCAAAGGAUUAGGUUUUGGUACUUUCAAGACGAAUCUGCUUGUCAUCCCGAGCACCGUGCUGCACAUGAUCACCAUGAUGGCUCUCACAUACGGCGCAGAAAUAUGGGGAGAGCUGACUAUCACGUCGGCUUUCGGUCAAAUCUGGGCGUUACCGUUCUUGAUCUAUAUCUAUUUGGUUGAUAUCACGAAGAUCAACAAGUGGAAAGCUUUUGGAAUUAUGAGUUUGCUGCUUAGUUAUCCUUCUGCACAUCCUAUUCAAGUUGCCUGGAACUCUCGAAAUGCAAAUGCUGUUCGCUCGCGCACUGUAUCUGCUGCUCUGUAUAAUAUGGCUGUACAAGCUGGAGGUAUCAUUGCCUCAAACAUCUAUCGUACAGAUGACGCUCCAAGGUACAAGAGAGGAGAUCGUGUCCUUGUUUCUCUGUGUGUAACGAAUAUUGCACUUUACAUUUUGACUAAGAUCUAUUACGUCUGGAGAAACAAGAGCAGAGAUGCAAAGUGGAAUGCUAUGACUGAAGAACAAAGAGUGGAAUAUCUGGCUACUACCACUGAUGAAGGAAACAAGAGAUUGGACUUCAGGUUUGCACAUUAG